GCGAGAAAGCAAGGAAGAUGGUAGGAAGAAAGGAAAUUUAUACGGACAUUUUCCUGUCCAAUCUGCAAAACUGUCAUCACAGUGCCAGCUGGUGGAGUGGCUAAAUUUCAGGCCAACUUCAACUUGACCUGUGAACCUCACACCUGUAAAGUCUGUGACCAACGUCAGAAGGCCGUGUACUUUUGCAGUGACUGUUGUCGCACUAUGUGCGCCCAGUGUCAGCGGUGUCAUGACAUAUUUACCUCCAAUCACCGGGUUGGACCUUUGACCUCUAGUGGCACACGGUCGUCUCAAAAUACUUCUCUCCCACCAUUUGUUGAAACCAUCACAGACGAUCUCGAUGUGCUGGAGGCGGCGCUGGCGACGAUGAGGGAGGAGGAGGACACGUUGCAGCGGGAGACGCAGGCGGUAGCUGACGUCAUCAGCAAACGUGCCGACGCACUGAGGGCGCUAGUGACGCAGGCGGAAAGAAACAGCCAGAGGGCGCUAGCAGAACUGUCUAUGAAACUGGGUACACAACUACAAGAAGAAAUAGUCUCUGCUCGCGAAAAUCAAGCUGUAAUUAUGCAGUUGUGUGAGCAUGGCCUCACCGAAAAACAAAAUCUUUUCUCAUCAAAUGAUGUAUACAGAUUUUUACUUAGGAAGAAGGAUUCCCAGCAUUAUCGGCAGAGAAACAAGAGUAAGCGACCGAAGUUUAUUAUACCUAUCUUCGAUGACUUGGCCAUUGAUGAAGAGGCUGUCUCUACCUUCAUUGGUGUGGUAUUUGACAGAACUCAGGUUCUAGGGGAGACUGAUGACUGUGAUACCACGGGCGAGUCGGAGACUACUAGCGAGAUGCAAGGUGAUAUGAAUAAAAGGACAUUAGGUUUAGAGCAAGUAGCAUCUGAGAUUACAUCUGUUAAAAGUCAGCUGAAGAGGUUACAGACAGUUGUAAACAGCCUUUGCAACAAGCAAAAAGACAGCACGCAAAAUGAGGUUUUGCAAAAGAACUGGAUGAACUUAAAGUAAGAUUUUAUAUGAUAGAAGAAUCUAUGAUGAGGACAAACCCAAGCACCAUUACCGAAAAUUUUGAAGUUCUGAAAAAGAAAUUGUUAAUUAUCGACAAAAAAAUACUUGGAAUUCAGCUGGAAGUUCAAAAUCUACACUCAGACCCUCAAAAGGCUAGCGACAGAAAUUGUCCGGAGACUAAGGAAUAGAAAGGGAAGUCACUAAUUAUUCAGAAUGACUAUAAAGUCUCUAGGUUUUCUCUCAUGCCUGUAAAAGGUGAGAUAUGAUUGGUUUAUUAUUAGGAAGUAGUGUCUUUAAACACACACACCACACACACAGACUCACCUACACAUGAUUUUACACUAGCGACAAUGCACGUAAAAACACAUAGAAACAGGGGCAUCCCAGCGUUAUGAACUUCAAACCUUUUCAGGAAGAAUAUUCUUACUACAGGAAAGGGUUGCAUACAGUUUACAUUCACUGGAUUUUGAGAUGAAAGUUGUCAAUUUCGUCGGCAAAUAAUCUUGAAUAAUACCGUGACACAUGCGGUAGAUAGUAACAGCCACUGGAUGGAUUUUCCAAGCUAAAGAAAGGGGUACUUGUUGAUGGCCAUAUUGUGUAGCUGCAAAAAGAUCGGGCCAUUCAGAUUACUUGCAGUUACUUUCUAGUUUGGCCUUUUUCCCUAUUCGUACAUUAUGUCCUAUGCAGUUAUAAUCUGUCAGUUGAUUUUACUUAAUUCAUCGUCUGCACAUAUUGAAAACGGCAACAGCGGAAAUGUUGGCUUUCAAAUAAACAGGAGAAUGGUAGUUGCCAAUGUCAUUAAAUGGACCUAAAACACGCUGUUUUCUGAACAUGAA